CAAAAGAUUUUAUUUUGAUUUUGAUUUUUUAAAUGAUCAGCUUCAAAAUUAAAUUUAGUUUGGGUGCCAAUAUAGCAAUUUAAUUAAUCGAAAAAUAAAAUCUAUUGGCAGCUGAAAUUACUUAUCCAAAACAAACACUUUAUCUCAUGCACUUUGUCCUUCUUAAAUGCUUUAAUAACAGUAAACAGUCCGGUCAGUUCAACGACUACAUCCUCUUUUCAAGCGUGCCUGGUAGUUUCCUUCUAAUUUUUUUCUCCGCAUCUGUGGUAGCACUUCCUCUCAGAUUCGCAGUUAAGUUAACUAUCUUACAGCAUAUGAGCAAAACAACCUCAGAAUGAGGACGGCGCAACUUUUACUCUUCUUUCUACUGGCGUGGUGUCAAACUACAGAGAGUUUAACUGAUAAAUGUGUGAAUUUAGGAGAAAACGUGACUUUAGACUGUCAGAUUGAUGUAAAAGAGAUUUACUGGGUUUUCCAGAAACUGACAGACUCUCCGGUGCUGAUACUGCGAACUUUCACAGCAGAAUAUACAUCAUCUCAUGUACAAGACCAAAGAUUGAAGGACAAAUAUUCAGCAUUAACUCGGAGCCGUUUAUUUAUUAGUAACAUAACUGUUCAUGAAUUAGGAAUAUAUUAUUGUGCAAAACUAAACAAAACUCUACAGAUCAGCAAUGGCACCAGACUUCACACCAAUGAAUCUGCCCAAGAUCAAAAACAAACAGAAGGCAAACAUCAGGAACAACCAUGUGAGAAAACAUUUCACGAGAUUUUGACUGUUACAUCCAUCCUAAUGAACAUUGUGCUGAUUAUUGCAAUAAUAGGUCUGUUAAUGCUAAAACUUAAGAAGCCAAGAAAAAGUCAACAACCUCGGAAUGUUGAACCAGAGCAGACUGAGGACUUAAACACCGCAGAGUAUUCUGAAAUCGAGUUGCCCACAUAUUCCAGAAGAGAAAAUCCCAUUCAGAUAAACGGCACUUAUGUACUUCUUCAGAAGUCAAAGCUGCAUCCUAGAUCAACACAAGCAGAAAUCAUCACAUCUUGAAAGCUGAUAAUGAGGCAGACUGACACCUUCCGUGGGUGUAUCCUUUUCGUUAGGAUUAAUUUUUAUAAAGGUCAAUGUGUUUCCGUCACCGUUUGAAUGAAACCAUGUUAUUUACUUUUUUAUAAAAUACUAAAUUUGGAUGUGUGUUAUCAGGUAUCUCAGACAUGUUAACAGAUCAGUCUUGAUUGAUGUGGGUAGAGUUUACAGUAAGGGUCAAUGCAUUAACAUUAAAUUACAAUGGACGAUACUUAUUAAUCCUGUUAAUGUUAAUUCAUGUUAACAAACAUAACUAGUUUAUUAAGAAAUAUAUUAUUUAAGUUUGAUUGUAUUGAUUGUCAUUUAUUUUAUUUUAUGUGGUUAACCAUGCUGGUUUAGGAUGAUUUAGGCUACUUGGUCCUGGUCUCCAAGUAGCCACCCAAAAAUGAUCAAACCAGGUCAGAAAACCACUUUCCCCUAAUGGCAGUUCUUGAAUCAAAGUGCAAAAACACUAUUCAUGAUACAAAUUCGAACAAAGUACAAGAUGGCAAGAAAAAUACAUGAUCUAGGGAUGAGUUGUCUGUUGUGCAACACUGAUUGGAGUUUUGCUAUGCUUGUAACAUAUGAACAGACUGGUAAAAGUGCUACUUCCUGUUUCUGAAGAAAAAAAACAACAACAACAGCAGCGAAAUGUCUGUUAUCGAUAUGCAUUAAGGUCAAAAACUAAAAGGUCCAGGGUUCAAUAUUGUUGCAGUGCAAUUCUUUUAUUUUUCAGAAAAGUGUUUUAAUUUCCUGAACAUAGUUUUCCUCAGUAAAGUGUUGUAGCAUGCACUCAUGACUCAUAAAGACAUUAAAACUUGUUUUAAGAGA